CGCCCUUCAUAGAGAAUGCUUGCUGACCCGGGUCUGGUGGGACCGGUUCUCUCUCCUUGGGGGCUGUCCUCUGGACACCAGGCUGUGACUUUUCCAGAAUCUGAUUCUGCUUAUUCUCACGCCCCUGCUUCACUCGGAGUGGAUAAGGUGCCUCCUGUGACCGGCAGACGGUGGCUGAACCUGCAGGAGUACCAGAGCAAGAAGCUGAUGUCGGACAACGGGGUGCGCGUUCAGAGGUUCUUCGUGGCCAGCACCGCGAGCGAAGCCCUGGAGGCGGCCAAGAGGCUGAAUGCAAAAGAAAUUGUUUUAAAAGCGCAAAUCCUAGCGGGAGGAAGAGGAAAAGGAGUCUUCAACAGUGGCUUGAAAGGAGGCGUGCAUCUCACCAAGGACCCUAAAGUUGUGGGACAGCUGGCCAAACAGAUGAUCGGGUACAACCUAGCAACAAAGCAAACCUCCAAAGAAGGUGUGAAAGUCAACAAGGUGAUGGUUGCUGAAGCCCUGGACAUUUCAAGAGAAACCUACCUGGCAAUUCUGAUGGACCGGUCCUGCAACGGCCCCGUGCUGGUGGGCAGCCCCCAGGGGGGCGUUGACAUUGAAGAGGUGGCGGCUUCCAAUCCAGAGCUGAUUUUUAAGGAGCAAAUUGACAUUUUUGAAGGGAUAAAGGACAGCCAAGCGCAGCGGAUGGCCGAGAACCUGGGCUUCGUGGGGCCCCUGAGGAACCAGGCUGCAGACCAGAUUAGGAAGCUGUACAACCUCUUCCUGAAGAUCGAUGCCACUCAGGUGGAAGUGAAUCCCUUUGGCGAGACUCCCGAAGGACAAGUUGUCUGCUUUGAUGCCAAGAUAAACUUUGACGACAACGCUGAGUUCCGCCAGAAGGACAUAUUUGCCCUGGACGACAAGUCGGAGAACGAGCCCAUGGAGAACGAAGCUGCCCGGUACGACCUCAAGUACAUCGGGCUGGACGGGAACAUCGCCUGCUUCGUGAACGGCGCGGGGCUCGCCAUGGCGACCUGUGACAUCAUUUUCCUCAACGGCGGGAAGCCAGCCAACUUCCUGGAUCUUGGUGGUGGGGUGAAGGAAGCUCAAGUCUAUCAAGCUUUCAAAUUGCUCACGUCGGACCCCAAGGUGGAAGCCAUCCUGGUCAACAUCUUCGGGGGCAUCGUCAACUGCGCCAUCAUUGCCAAUGGCAUCACCAAGGCCUGUCGGGAGCUGGAGCUCAAGGUGCCCCUAGUGGUGCGUCUGGAAGGAACCAACGUCCAGGAGGCUCAGAGCAUACUCAGGAACAGCGGCCUGCCCAUCACCGCCGCCGUGGACCUGGAGGAUGCUGCCAAGAAAGCCGUGGCCAGUGUGGCAAAGAAGUGACCCUCCUGUGACCCUCUGUGCAGCGGGUCCCGCCCUGGGAAGGGGUGAAGGUCUCGCAGCUGCUCUCUCCAUCACCGUGUCUACCCAGCCUGAUCUUCCCCCGCAGCCCCCCAUCCCACGCUUCCCCACGUGAGUGCCCAGUGGGCCGGGACGGCCUCACCACAAGGCCCUGGUUCCCGGACCCCGAAUCUCACCUAACCAGAACCCACAGGCCACCAAGGUCCCAGGUGGGAUUCCCUAUAGCACUGGCCGCCAGGGGUACAGGGGGACAUCCAGGCAGGUAGCUCUGACGCCCGGUCACCACGGGUGUGGUGUCUGAUUCCCACACAGCCACAGUGUCCCCCCGGAGGUGCCUCGUAGUGCGUCUCCACGUUGACCCACCGUGCUUGCUUGCACCGUUGAGCACACCCUUCACCUCUCCCUGAGGCCUCACUCGUGAGCUCCCAGUUCAGGGCCAAAGCUGGUGCGUGCUGAUGCUCACGGACCCUCCGACCCUCCGUAACUGAGUCCUGGCAGGUGACCCGGCACUGAAGGUCAGACUGGUGCUUCUGCAGAGCCGAGUCUCCUUCCCUCCCGUCCUCACCCAGCACCACCAGCUGAGGUAGAAAGGCGGGAAGUUCUCACCUGAGGGAAUGUGGGGCUUUCCAUUCCGUCCAUUUUUGUGGUGGGAAAAAUUUGAAUUUAGUUUUUGUUCAGAUUUUGGUGAAUUUUUAUCUGUAGGCAAUUUUAAAUAAAAUCAUGCUUCUUAAACUCUAA